AUGUGGGAUCAAUCUGCAAAAUGCUUAAGUGUCCGAGAUGAUGUUGAACUAUGGCACAAACGAUUGGGUCACAUGAAUGUUCGACAUCUCACCGACUUGGUGAAUAAGGAGAUUGUUCGUGGUGUUCCGAAGCUGAAGGGAACUGAGAAACUUGUGUGGUCCUUGCAAUCAAGGAAAGCAAAUCAAGGUCCAGCACAAGAAGGUGCCAGAUGUACAAUCCAAGACUGUUUUGGAUCUAGUACACAUGGAUUUUAUGGGACCAAUGCAAGUGGAGAGCAUUGGAGGAAACGCUAUGUCUUUGUUCUAGUGGAUGAUUACUCGCGAUACACUUGGGUGCGCUUCAUUCGUGACAAAUCUGACACCAUGGCGAGUUUCAAGAUUUGGGCACUUCAAGUCAUCAAUGAGAAAGGAAGCAUCAAGCGCAUACGCAGUGAUCAUGGGGGAGAAUUUCAGAAUGAGGCUAUGAAGAACUUCUGCAAUGAACAAGGCAUAGCUCACCAGUUUUCAGCGCACCUAGAACACCACAGAUGA